AUGGUCUCAUUCACUGCUCUGCUUGUCACCGUUACUGCCGCCAUCGGCGCCUUCGCUGCACCACCGUCAAAUGCAACUGAAGGGUUCGGGCUCCUCCAGGCUCGUGCUGGGACCCCCAGUUCGACGGGUACAUCGAACGGCUUCUACUACUCCUGGUGGACCGACGGUGCCGCCACGUGUACUUACACCAACGGAGCCGCAGGCCAAUAUUCUGUCCAGUGGUCGGGUAACGCUGGCAACCUUGUUGGUGGCAAGGGAUGGAACCCAGGAAACAGCAACAGGGCGAUCAGCUACACCGGUACAUACACACCCAACGGUAACAGCUACCUCUCCGUCUACGGAUGGACGCGUAGCCCGCUCAUCGAAUACUACGUCGUCGAGUCGUACGGCAGCUACAACCCGUCCUCCGCUGCGUCGCAGAAGGGAACCGUGACCUGCAAUGGCGCGACGUACACUAUCCUUCAGACCACGCGUGUCAACCAGCCAUCUAUCGAUGGCACGCAGACCUUCCAGCAGUUCUGGUCUGUCCGCAACCCGAAGAAGAACCCUGGCGGCGCCAUCAGCGGCACUGUCGACGUCGGCUGCCACUUCCAGGCGUGGGCAGCCGUUGGAAUGAACUUGGGGACGCAGCACAAUUACCAGAUUGUCGCCACCGAAGGGUAUCAGAGCAGCGGGUCGUCUAGCAUUACCGUUUCGGAGGGUGCUCCCUCGGGUGGAGGUGGAACUCCCCCCAGCCCUUCGACGACUGCCGUCCCUCAACCAUCACCAUCUUCACCUCCCCCUUCUCCUGGUGGCGUUGCUGCCCACUGGGGACAAUGUGGCGGACAAGGAUGGACGGGUCCUACCGUCUGCGAGUCAGGGUUCACAUGCACCGCCCUCAACUCCUACUACAGCCAGUGCCUCUAG